AUGGAAACGAAUGAGCAGCACGAUGAAUACAUGCUAAAAUUUGUGCUUGUUGGCGACAGUGGUGUAGGAAAAACAAGCUUGAUUUCACGAUUCAUUUGCAAUGAAUUCAAUGCGGAAAGUAAAAGUACACUGGGGGUCGAUUUCGGAUCCACAUUCGCCCAGAUGAAGGACAAUCGCCGCAUCAAGUUGCAGGUUUGGGAUAUCAGCGGCAAAGAGCGAUAUCAAGGCAUUGCACCAACGUACUAUCGCGGAGCACAAUGCGCAUUUUUACUUUUUGAUCCAACAAGCUUAUCAUCCUUUGUGAAUCUGCAAGUUCAUUGGCUUGAAGAAAUAAGGCGAUAUGCAAGCCAACGUAUCAAGCUAGUGCUCAUUGCAAACAAAGCUGACCUUGUAAAAGAAGGCCAACAGCAGCGGGAAAUCAGUAUACAAGCAGCUGAAAAAUAUGCGUCCGACCAUGACAUGCUGUUUUUUGAGACAAGCGCAUUGGAAGACAACACACAUAUCGCCGAUGUUUUUCAAUCAGUAGCAGCAGACAUCUAUGAUACGCUUGUCAGUCCCUCCACCGACGAUGGGUGA